AUGUCUUCCGCAGCUGGCGUCCCAUCCACUCCCGCCGCGCCGGCACAACAAACACAAGCCUACAGCACCACCGCUGCGGGCCAUCCAGACGCCGCGAGUCUCGGUAUCGAGAGCACCGACAUCCGCACUGCGGAGGGGGUGCAGCUGAGUGGGUGGCAGAAGGUUGUCAUUGGGAGUGUUCUGGACCUGUUCAAAGGGAAGCCCACGCUUGCUAAGACGAAACUUUGGGCUGACGACGCCACCUUCGCCGACCCCAUUACCAAAGCCGAAGGACGCAAGCAAUACGAGGCCCAGUGGUGGGGGUUGAAAGCCGCCUUUUCCGAAAUCGAGCAAAAGCAACACAGCGUCACCUCCUCCGGAAACCCGCUCACCCUCUCCGCCACGACGCGCUACAAGGUCAAAGGCCUGGGCGCCGAGAAGGUCAUCGAGAGCGAGAUCCGCAUUCACAUGGACGCCGCAGGCGAGAAGAUCGUCAAGGUUGAGGAUCGCUGGAACGGGAACAUCCCCGAGGGGCCGAUCGCCACCGCGUUCCGGAACCUGAACAGCGUCGUCGUGCCGGCCUUUGUGAGCGUGCCGAAGGAAGAAUGA